UAACGGCGGAGUACGACCCUGAAAAACCAAGGAAGAAAGGCAUAACGCCUGCCUACAAGCAUUUCUGCAUCACCAUCACGCCAUGGCCGACUAGAAGUCCUGGCAAGUACCUCACUCAUUCAUUUCUGGCGCUAUCAAAAGAAAAAAUAAUAGCCGCACAAGGUCCGCUUGCUGGAACUGUGGUUAGCUUUUUCAAUAUGUUAUGGAUCAAAAAAGUUGUCAAAAUCGCCGUGAUAAGCAAUUACACAAACGAUAAAGAAGACUACUACUGGUCAAAGAAGGAUCGAAAAAUUGGUACCUUCAGGGUGAAGACUUUGAAAACAGUCGUGUUUACAGAUUAUACAGAACGCACAAUGGAAAUUACAAAAGACAAGGGCGAUAACCCACCACGUCAGUUGACCCACUUCCAGUACACGGCCCUGCCAGAAGACGGGUCUGACCCGUGUAUGUGGAGUUUGGUUGACUUUGAACAUAAAGUCUUCUUGAACACAUUGGAUGAUGUCACGCUGGUGCAAUGCGGGAGUGAUACUACGUGGGGUUCAAUGUUUAUAGCUCUACACGAUUUGAUCCGGCAGGCCAAACUGAACCAUUCGGUGGACUUUGUCAAAACUGUAACUAGACUUAGACAAGAUAAACCAGUAAUGAUUUCCACCUUUGAGCAGUACAUGUUCCUGCACCACGCCGUGCAGGCUGGUGUAGCCUGUAUAGGCAGCUACACACACAUCAGCGCCAUCUUUCUCAAAGUACAUCUCAUGGGGAAAAACUGUCAAAGAAAGAAGUAA